GGUAGCAAUGACUCAGACUACUGCCUAGUGUCUCUGCAAAGGAUAGGUAUAUGUGACUCAGGCUACUGCCUAGUACCGCUGAGAUGAUUGUUAGUCGCAGCUCUUGUAAGCACUGUAGAAAUCGAAGCGUUCAAGUGACUCAAUUCGAGUGGUCCAAUUCCAGCGGCUGGUACAUCUGCGAAGAGUUCUGCUAGAUGAUUCUGUACCCCUUCAACGGUAGCCUGGCCGUUGAACCGAAAACGUAUGCAUUGGGAUGAGGAGACGUAUCGAUUCGAGAGAAUUUUCCUCAAAGAAGGCCUCGUAGACGAGGCCAGGAACGAACGCGAAGAUGAGGAAGGCGACCGAAGAGCCCGUGAAGAGUGGGAGGCAAUAAGUGAUCUCAAGUGGAGGGAUCCUUACAAGUACUCUGUUGAAAAGGCGAAGUACGAACGUCGGAUGAGGGAUCUCGAUCUUCGAGGCAAGGGUUGGACGCAAGAGCAGAUCGAGGCUGCGGAUCGAGCCGACGCUGCGGUCUUUUUGAGUCGCAACAUCAAACGAGGUAGCGGGUCCGCCAUUAUAUACAAACACAGAGGGCCCAAGAGGAUGCAAAGGGCGUCGGAGUUUAUAUACAAGAGGAGCCUCAAAAGCCUCAAAAGCCUCUGCAGGGGUGGGACAGAACCCCUGAUCGAUACCAUGACAGAGCCAGGGACGCAACUAGAAGAGUUUCAAGAACUAUCUUCUACUGAAUAGAGAAUAAGAAUAUCUUGGUACCUAUGUAAUAUGAGGGAAGUAAUGAGACCAAAGAGGCUGCUGGAAAACAGAAUCAGGGAGGUAUGGCAAGGAAAGAAAACAUUCGAUAACAAUAUAGGUUCGGGCGAAGAGAUAUAUUACGGAAACGGAAACGAGAUAGAUAUCAACAACAAAAAUAGUAUCGAUAAAAUAACGAAAAAUUAAAUAGACCCCGAGAUUCCAUCGUGUGGGAUUCCCUAGUAUGGUGAAGUCGACGAUGAAUGGUAGUGCAAGAUGAUA